GCAAUCUCCGUGAUCGCUGUGUCCUAUGGACACAGCUGAUCACGUGAUGUGGUAAAAGGCCAAUCACAGUGGCCUUUUACCACGUGAUCAGCCGUGUCCAAUGACACGCUGAUCACCGGCAAAUGAUCAGUGCCGAUCCCUGCUCUGACAAUUGCCGGGCACUGAUGAUCAGUGCCCUGAUGACCGGUGCCCAGCAGUGCCAUCCACCAGUUCCACCCACCUGUGCCCAGAAGUGCGCCCACCAGUGCCGCCCACCAGUGCCGAGCAGUGCCACCCACCAGUGCACCCAGCUGUGCCCAGCAGUGCCACCUACCUGUGCCCAG